AUGGCACCAAAGAAGAAGGGACCCGUUGAAAAACCAAUUUUGCUCGGCAGACCCGGCAACAACUUGAAGUCUGGAAUUGUUGGUCUUGCCAACGUCGGUAAAUCGACUUUCUUCCAGGCUAUCACCAGAUGCCCAUUGGGUAACCCCGCCAACUACCCAUUUGCUACGAUCGAGCCUGAGGAGGCUCGUGUCAUUGUGCCCAGUGCUCGUUUCGACAAGUUGUGCGAAUUGUACAAGCCCAAGUCGGAGGUGCCAGCUUUCAUGACCAUCUACGAUAUUGCUGGUUUGACAAAGGGUGCAAGUGCCGGUGAAGGUUUGGGUAACAACUUCUUGGCCAACAUCAGAGCUGUCGAUGCUAUUUACCAGGUUGUGCGUUGUUUCGAAGACUCCGAUAUCAUCCACAUUAACGACGAGGUUAACCCUGUUGCUGACUUGGACAUCAUCAAGGACGAGUUGAGAUUGAAGGAUAUCGAGUUCGCUACUAAGCACUUGGAAGGCAUUGAGAAGAUCACCAAGAGAGGCGGUCAGUCUUUGGAGGUGAAGCAGAAGAAGGAGGAGGCCGAGUUGGUCAAGCGCAUUAUCCAGCUUUUGGAAGACGGUGGCCGUGUUGCCAACCAGAAGUGGACUCAGAAGGAGGUGGAGGUCAUCAACUCCAUGUUCCUCUUGACCGCCAAGCCAUGUAUCUACUUGCUCAACUUGAGUGAGCGUGACUACGUGCGUAAGAAGAACAAGUGGUUGUUGAAGAUCAAGGAGUGGGUUGACGCCAACUCCCCUGGUGAUGUUAUCAUCCCAAUCUCCGUCUCUUUGGAGUCUCACUUGUCUCAAUUGGAGACAGACGAAGAGAGAGAUGCCUACUGUAAGGAGAUUGGUGCCCAGUCCGUCUUGCCAAAGGUCAUCACCACCAUGAGACAGAAGUUGGACUUGAUCUCCUUCUUCACCGGUGGUCCAGACGAGGUCAGAGAGUGGACCAUUAGAAGAUACUACACUGCCCCACAGGCUGCCGGUACCAUUCACGGCGACUUGGAGAGAACCUUUAUCUUGGCUCAAGUUAUGAAGUACGAUGACUUGAUUGAGCUCGGUGAUGAGGCUAGCGUCAAGUCCAACGGUAAAUUGAUGCAGAAGGGCAAGGACUACUUUGUCGAGGACGGAGAUAUCUUGUACAUCAAGGCUGCCGAGGGUAAAGCAAGAUAG